AUGUAUCGAAAUUUAUAUGAUACAGACAAUAUAAUUUACUCCCCAGAAGGAAGAUUGUACCAAGUAGAAUAUGCAAGUGAAGCAAUAAAACAAGGAACAUGUGCAGUAGCAAUAAAGUCAAAAGAUUAUGUGGUUGUGAGUGGAUUAAAGAAAUGCUUAAGUAAAUUAUCUUUUCCUCAAGAUAAGAUAUUUAAAAUUGAUGAUUAUAUUGGUAUUAGUAUGAGUGGAAUUACUUCUGAUGCUAAGGUUUUAACAAAAUUUAUGCAAAAUGAAUGUUUAUCUCAUAAAUUGUUAUAUAAUGAGGAUAUAAAUAUUGAAACCUUAGUAAGAAGUGUAGCAGAUAAAUAUCAGAAGAAUACACAAAAGAGUAGUAAGAGAGCAUUUGGAGUAGGGUUAAUGAUAGUUGCUUAUCAUAAUGAACCAUGUAUAUUUGAAACAAGACCAAAUGGAUCUUAUUUUGAGUAUAAUGCUUUAGCAUUUGGUGCAAGAUCUCAUGCUUCAAAAACUUAUUUAGAAAAAAAUCUUAAUUUAUUUGAAGAUUGUUCUUUAGAAGAAUUAAUAUUACAUUGUUUAAAAGCAUUAAAAUGUUCUCUUUCAAGUGAAUCUGAAUUAACAAUGUUUAAUACAGCUUUGGCUGUUGUAGGUAAAAAUCACCCAUGGCAAGAAUUUUCUCCUGUACAAUUAGAGGAGUAUAUAUCAAAAGUUAAAACGGACGCUGAACAGGAAGCAGUUCAAGAAAAUGAAGGAAAUGAAGAGAAUGUGCAAAAUGAAACAAACGAAUAA